GUUUCGCAAUCAGUAUGACAGCGAUGUGACAGUAUGGAGUCCCCAAGGACGUUUGCACCAGGUAGAAUACGCGAUGGAGGCAGUUAAAUUAGGCUCAGCGACAGUGGGUCUAAAAAGUAGAGACUACGCGGUUUUAAUUGCACUGAAAAGAGCCUCCUCUGAAUUGUCCGCUUACCAGAAGAAAAUAAUCCCCAUUGACAAGCACAUGGGGAUCAGUAUCGCUGGUUUGACUGCCGAUGCUCGUAUGCUCAGCCGUUACAUGAGAACAGAAUGUUUAAAUUACAAAUAUUCCCACGACGAUCCACUUCCGGUAGGUCGAUUGAUUGGAACUUUGGGUAACAAAAUGCAAACAUGCACUCAAAGAUACGACAGACGUCCUUACGGUGUUGGUUUACUAGUUGCUGGUUAUGAUGAUCAAGGACCUCAUAUAUACCAGACAUGUCCAUCAGCAAACUACUUCGACUGCAAAGCAAUGGCCAUUGGAUCCAGAUCUCAAGCAGCUCGUACCUACUUGGAGAAACAUUUAAACGAAUUUCCAACUUCUGAUUUAAAUGAAUUAAUCAAACACGGAUUACGUUCUCUGCGUGAUACUUUGCCCAACGAAGUUGAUUUGUCUAUCAAGAACGUGUCCAUCGGAGUCGUAGGCAAGGGCCAGGUCUUUGAAAUUCUGACCGAGGAACAGACGGAACGGUACUUGACCGAAAUUGAGGGCGAUGAGAAACGUGGCCGCCCGGCUGCUGCUGGUCCAAGUGCUGACGAUGACAAACCUCAGGACCCACCAGCUGAGGGAGUCGAGCCUCGUCCUGCUGUCGCUAUGGACACCGAAUAA